CUGGUGAGGAGGCUCCUCAAGAGCCACGCCGGUUCUGGGAGUCUCCAUUUAUCAUUCGACCUUUUCGUGCCCAUCGCCGCGACGAGCAGAGCGGAAGAUAAGAGAAGAGAAGAGAAGGCGAGAAGCUUCUGCUCCCUUCUCCCCGCUCAGCCACGACCGCGGCUGCGCCGGCGUAGGCUUCCCAUCGCUUGCCCCGCCUCAGGAAGAGCGCGCCGGCGUACGAUUUCUCUGAGGCAUAAGAACGUACGCCUUUGCUGCAUCAUCUAUGUCGUUAUCCAGAUAGCGACCGCGUGCGAGGGUUCCUCCUUCCCCCUUAUUUUUUUCUCUGUAUUGUUUCCUAUUUAAGCUUCGAUGUGCUACGGAUUGGAUCUUCGAUGAUCGUUUCUUUCCGCCGUCUACCUGCGUUUCCCAUUCUUGACUUUAGAAAUCCAUCUUUUUUACUGGUGAUCGAGUCCCUAGGGCAUUGGUGAGCAAAUCUCCCUCUUGCCCUUCCUUUUUUUUUCCCACUAUUUCUGGUGUUAGAUCUUGGCGGAAGGAAGGAGGAUGGAGGCGGAGCGACUGCACGGGCAGAGCCGGCGGCUGCCGGAUUUCUUGCAGAGCGUCAAUCUAAAGUACGUGAAGUUGGGAUACCACUACUUGAUCACUCACUUGUUCACCCUGUUGCUGGUCCCGCUGAUGGCGGCGAUCCUGCUGGAGGCGGCGCGGACCGAUCCGGAUGAGCUCCGCUACCUCUGGAUCCACCUCCAGUACAACCUCGUGAGCGUGCUGGUGUGUUUGGUCUUCCUCGUCUUCGGCACCACCGUUUACGUUAUGAGCCGGCCGAGGCCGGUCUACCUCGUCGACUACGCUUGCUACCGGCCGCCGUCGGAACUGAAGGCGCCGUUCAACCGGUUCAUGGAGCACUCGCAGCUCCAUGGCGGGUUCAACGAGUCGGCGCUCGAGUUCCAGCGGCGGAUCCUGGAGCGCUCCGGCCUCGGGCAGGACACCUGCUUGCCCAUCGCGCUGCACUACUUGCCGCCCCGCCCCUCCAUGGCCGCCGCCCGCGAGGAGGCUGAGCAGGUCAUGUUCGGCGCGCUGGAUACACUCUUCCGGAACACCGGCGUAAAGCCAAAGGACAUCGGCAUCCUCAUCGUCAAUUGCAGCCUCUUCAAUCCCACCCCGUCCCUCUCCGCUAUGAUCGUCAACCGCUACAAGCUCCGCGGCAACAUCCGGAGUUUCAACCUCGGCGGCAUGGGCUGCAGCGCCGGCGUCAUCGCCAUCGACCUCGCCCGUGACCUCCUCCAGGUCCACCACGCCACCUAUGCGGUCGUGGUCAGCACUGAGAACAUCACCCAAAAUUGGUACUUUGGCAAUCGCAAGGCGAUGUUGAUCCCCAACUGCCUCUUCCGCGUCGGCGCCGCCGCCGUGCUGCUCUCCAACCGCUCUGCCGAUCGCCGGCGCGCCAAGUACAAGCUCGUGCACGUCGUCCGCACCCACCGCGGCGCCGACGACAAGGCCUUCCGCUGCGUGUACCAGGAGCAGGACGAGGCAGGCAAAGUCGGCGUGUCGCUGUCCAAGGACCUCAUGGCUAUCGCCGGUGAGGCCCUCAAGAUCAACAUCACCACUCUCGGCCCGCUCGUGCUCCCUGUCAGCGAACAGCUCCUCUUCUUCGCAACCCUCGUCGCCAAGAAACUAUUCAACGGAAAGGUGAAACCUUACAUCCCGGACUUCAAGCUCGCCUUCGACCACUUCUGCAUCCACGCCGGAGGCCGGGCUGUGAUCGACGAGCUGGAGAAGAAUCUCGACCUCCGCCCUGACCAUGUGGAGGCUUCCCGGAUGACCCUCCACCGCUUCGGCAACACCUCCUCCAGCUCCAUCUGGUACGAGCUCGCGUACACAGAGGCCAAGGGGAGGAUGCGCAGAGGCCACCGCGUCUGGCAGAUUGCCUUCGGCAGCGGCUUCAAGUGUAACAGCGCCGUGUGGCAGGCGGUUCGACAUGUGAAGCCUUCUCCACAAAGUCCAUGGGAGGACUGUAUCGACAGCUACCCUGUUGAAAUCAUCGAUGGCUUUCCUCAACAAGAGAAAAAGGAGUCACUUUGACAGUUUCAUUGUUGAAAUCAUCCAUGGCGAUCUUCUCAGAUUACUCUUCACCUAGUUGUCAGCUUUGUUUCUUUUCUUCACCAGCUCAUUGCUUGGGCUAAUUUGACAUUGAUCUGUAACCCAGAUAAUCUAUUUUAAUCUGGGAUUCGACUUUGAGUACCCAAUAAUGCCUGUUCAUGUGGUCGCAUGGUAUCCAAUUUCAAGUUCCACCUGUUCUUCCUGCAAAA